CGCGCCUGCCUGAGUAUAUAAUGGGCAUAGUUCAGCUGACCGACACUCAGUUGAACCUGAACUCCACCUGCAAACAUGAACACAAAGGUCCUCAUCCUCCUCGGUCUGGCAGCCAUGGUUGCUGCAGACAGCCGUGAAUUUUAUGCCUACCGCGCCCCCAGGGACUCCUCUGAGGAAUCCUUCGAGUCCACUGAGGCCAAGUACAACUUCCAAUGGGCCGUCAGCGAUGACUCCUCCAGCAACGAGUUCGGACACCAGGAGGCCCGUGACGGCGACGACACCCAGGGAUCCUACUACGUGCAGCUCCCCGACGGCCGCCUGCAGAAGGUCUCCUACGUCGUCGACGGCGAUGACGGCUACGUCGCCGACGUGACCUACGAGGGCGAGGCUCGCUUCGACUCCGUCGAGUCCGCUUCCUUCGAGUCCCGUGAAUACAGGCCACGAUAUUCCUACGACUCCAACGAGUCCAAGUAAAGACAUUUUCGCUCAAUACCGGACUUUCCAACAGAUGUUUCCACAAAGUUCAUCUGUUGCCCAGAAUUCAUAUAUAUAAUUGUAUAUAUUUAUGUAUUUAAUUUCUGAAACAAAAAGAAUCAAUUUUA